AGGUGGCGACAGCUGGGCUGGGAGAGGCGGCCGAGCCACGACGUCGGGAGAUCGGUCUUACCCGGCGGGCGACUCGGGCUGCACUACGCUCACCCGCGGUGGUCCCACCUCGAGCCCUCUACCGGCGGCGAUGCGGUGAAUUUUCUCGACGUUCCAGAAGCACUGUGUCAUGGAGCCGUGAGCAGAACUCGUCAGCCGCUAGGGCACUGUAAGCGGGGACGGACUCUUCCACCGACGACUCGGAAGCGCAGACAUUAAUUGAAAGGAUGUACUGUUAGAUUCUAGCUAUAUGGGCAACACAAAUUCUGCUGAAGGAUCCUCUCCUCGCAAAUAUCCUUUGCCUUCUACUCGCAAUUAUGCUCACCCAUCUUCUCACAGAUAUCCUCAGCAAGCUCAUUUCACUGCUGGGAGUUCAUUUAAUAAUAAAAACCAAAAUAAGCAGCAACCAGCAUUUAUAGCUGACAAUUUCAGCUCGCUUGAAGAGGUUAUUUCUGCACUAAGAGAUGCUGGCCUUGAAUCAUCAAAUUUAAUCCUUGGUAUUGAUUUCACUAAAAGCAAUGACUGGACAGGAAGGCAUUCAUUUAACAGAAGAUCUCUGCAUGCUAUUGGUGACACAACUAACCCCUAUGAGCAAGCAAUUUCUAUAAUUGGGCGUACUUUGUCUCCUUUUGAUGAGGAUAACUUGAUACCGUGUUUUGGAUUUGGUGAUGCAUCUACACGUGAUGAAUUUGUCUUCAGCUUUUACCCUGACCACCGUCCUAGUCAUGGGUUCGAGGAGGCUCUUUCACGAUAUAGAGAGAUUGUUCCACGUUUGACUCUCUCAGGUCCAACGUCAUUUGCACCACUCAUUCUUGCAGCAAUUGAUAUUGUAGAGCAAAGUAAUUGGCAAUAUCAUGUUCUUGUAAUCGUAGCUGAUGGACAGGUUACUAAGGGUUCAACCUUACCAAAUGGUUUUAGUCAACAAGAACAGGCUACUAUAGAUGCUAUAGUUGAAGCUAGCCAUUAUCCCCUUUCGAUAAUUAUGAUUGGUGUGGGUGAUGGACCAUGGGAUGCUAUGCACCAAUUUGAUGACUACGUUCCACAACGGUCAUUUGAUAACUUUCAGUUUGUGAACUUCACAAAGAUAAUGUCUGAAAACAUGCCAAUGACAAAGAAGGAGGCAGCAUUUGCACUUUCCGCCCUCAUGGAAAUUCCACUUCAGUAUAGAGCCACACAAGGCCUAAAGCGUAAGAAAUUACUAAAAAUGCACAGAAACAAUGAGGGAAAAGCCAGUUGGGAAAAGCCUCUGCCUCCUCCACGAGCUGUUGUCGAUCAUGACAAUGCAAAAUCGUCAAAAAGUUCCCAUGGACAUGCGAAAUACACCAACCCGGAUGAGUACAGCAUCCCCGUGGAGCGAGCAUGCCCUAUUUGCCUCACAAAUCCUAAAGAUCUCGCUUUCAGUUGUGGUCAUCUGACUUGCAGAGACUGUGGUACAGCGAUACCCACAUGCCCAAUCUGCCGGUCACCCAUUACCACACGCCUAAGGCUAUUUUCCUGAUAGCAAAGUGAGUUUGCUCAGCUUGUUAGUAGUGCUGCAUUCCUUCUAUAUAUGACUUUGAAGGCUAUCAUUCCUGUGAUCAACUUGCAAUGGUGUAUACUUAAGUCCCUGCAUUCACCAUAUGAUCCUGACGGCUAUCAUACCUCAUGCCCUUGUUAGCUCUGGAUUUGAUGGAUGAGCGAGUGCAAGAAAACUGCUCAUGCGUUUCAGGUUGUUGCAAGGUGGGAGAUUAUUUUGUUGGCAAGGAAAUAUAAUGUAGAGAAUUGACAAGUACUGUUAAGUGGGAUUGCUUUCUCUUCAUUCACCCGCAUGAAGAUUGAUGAUGAUGUUCCUCCAUGCCAAAUAGAUUGAACAAUAAUGUUUGAUACAAUUAAUUCAUAAUGAUCGCGCACGAAGAAUUCCGAAGA